GCCCAGAUCUUAUGUAACUAAUAAUUGUGUAACUACCCAUGCUGCCAGCACCCCGGGGCUGAGCCCCCCCGCUGGCCUUUUUCCUUCUCGUGCGCCAGUACGUGUAAGAAAGGUUUUGCUGUCCUGGUCGCACCUCGGUGAAGCCUCUGUACCCCACUGGGCUUCCCUGGGUGUUGCUGGUUGAUUCAGGGAUUGCACCCAGGGAGCAGUUCUGCUGAUGCCCAAGGAGGAGCAGGGUCCAGCCUGUGUUGGGCUGGUUCUGCAGGGCUAGUAAGAGCCCAUAGCCCCUGGCCCUAGCCGUUGGCGUCCAAGUGCACGGGGCACUGGGCUUGUGGGUAAGGAAGGGCCAGUUUACGCAGUCGCUUUGCGGAGAAGAGCUGUGCUUGGAGGAUGGGCCAGGCCCACAGUAGGUAGCCUGGCCACCAGUUCUGCUUUUCCAGGCCAUGAGGAGCCCGCAACAGGUCUGCUGCUAAAAGGCCCCUUCUUGUAGCCAGUCGCCCCCCGCUGGAUGCAGCUCAAGCUGAGGUUGCUCUGGGCCGGAGUCCCACAUGCAAAUCUCUGCGCGCUGCCUCAGGGUGACAGAUGCGAAUCCCUCCCAGCGCUCGCUCGGGAAGUGGUGGCCCAAGACCCGUAGAUUGCCUGCCACCCACGGGUGCUGCUGUCUGUUACCGGUGGUGGCGUUUUGGCGCUGGUGUGAAUGCUGGGUGAGAUCAUGCAGAUGGGUUAACAGAUGUCAUGGGUUUGUUGUACUCCAAUCCCAGAAUCCAUCAUGGGAGGCAACUAACGGUAUGCACCAGCAGGCAUGCUGAUUGGCGAGACCGCCCCAUUGCCUUUGGCUGAACCAUCCUGGCUACAUUAUGCACUUCAGCAUGUGGGUCACAUCCUCUGCCGGCGUGUGUGUCCACCCAUUUAUCCCUGGCCAGGCUUUUAACCCAGGCCAGGCCGUAGCUGGAGUGCGAGGAGGGCCCAGGAGCCAGCAAGGGCUUGCGGGGAGCCGUAUCAGUGGAAGUGAAGUGUUUAUUGGAAGACAGUCAAGUGUGGAAAGCUCUGUCCGAUUUUCCACUGCCGGGCUCUGGAGAGCGUCUCCAGCACGUCCCGUCUGAGGGGCCAUUUAAGGAGCUUAUUGUUAGAAAAGCUCCAGGCUCUGUACGCCACAUGCCAAGCUCAGGGUUCGGAGCCUUGCUCUGGUUCUGCUUGAGCUUUGCAGGCACUAGGGUGAGGUCCUGCCCCCGUAUACACGCUCUGGGUGGAGACAGCUAGCGUACGCUUUCCUCCCUUAGCUCCUGAUUUGUGCCUUUUCCAGGGAAACUGGCCACAGUGCUGGAGGGUGUUCGAAUGGUAUUUAGCAUUUUACAAACACUGACUACUUAAUCUCCACAAUCAUGUUGAUGGAUUCGGGCUAUUACCUGUGGGGAAACUGAGUCACGGAGGGGCAAAGUGACUGGAGAGGAAAGAGUUGCUUUGGAAACGCAUCUGGUCAGAGGUGCUCAGACAGGCAUGGCCAAGCAGGCUCGCUCUGCCAGAGAUAACACUGGUUGCCCACUGGUUGCAAGUGGGGAAAUUGAGGCACAGAGGAACGUAGCUCGCCCAAGGUUACAAAGUGAGUCAGUGGCAGAGCUGGGAAUAGGACCCAGGAGUCCUGAUUCAUAGGACAGGAAGGGACCUUGAGAGGUCUCUAGUCCAGUCCCCUGCACUCACGGCAGGACUAAGGAUUAUCUCGAUCAUCCCUGACAGGCAUUUCUCCAACCUGCUCUUAAAAAUCUUCGAAGAUGGAGAUUCCACAACCUCCCUGGUCAAUUUAUUCCCCAGCGUAAUCACUCUGACAGUGGGGAAGUUUUUCCCAUCAGGAAUCUGUAUCUUGGGACGAGUGGCUGCAGGAGGGAACGCAGUGUACAAGGCUGCUAUUCUGGGGUCAUGGCCCGCAGGGCAGUGACUAAACGAAGGUCGUGCUGAACACGCUUUCCCAAGCGAUGGCUCUGGCUCAGGGCGAAGCAGGGGCAGGCUGGGGGCUGGGAAAGGCCAUGCAAAAGAGAAAGGGAAAGCAGCUGUUUAUGCAGCGGAAUAACCAGGCAUUAGGAGCAUUUCCUGAUUAGUAAAUAUAACGCAGGAUAAACAAUGGGGCUGCAGGAAAAACCUUCCGGGAAAUCAGCCUGUCUCCUAGCCAGGGGCCUGGGCUGAGAUGCUCACGUAGCCCCCACGCAAGGGGACACAGGCCAGGCUAGGGCCACCACGUGGCACUGACCAGCCAGGUGCCCUGCGGCCAACCCAAGCAGGUCAAGCACUUGAGGCGCACCUGGGAGAGAGGUGCCCCAGCCUCUGUGACCAGCCCCAGCCCCUUCUGCCCCACGCCCUCCGGCGAAGGCAUGUGCUAGGCACUCAGCAAAGCUGUGUCCCUGCGGCUUCUCGCGCCCGGUCCAGGUGUGCGAAGCGGGGGCCUUUGGGCUGCCCUGUGUCUCCCUGUCUUGCCAUCCCCACCCCUAUGCUAGCCAAAUGGACUAGGCGGUGACUAGCCAUCUGUCAGUCAUCUGCUAGCCCCCUCCCGCCCAGUAUUAACGCUGGCUCCCCUCGCUGCAGGAGCGGCCCCGAACCCAACAUUUGCAAGGCAGCGCCAUGGAGUUAAACCUCCCUGGGCUGACAUUGUGCCCGCGACCUGGCUGCGAGCUCAGACGCCAGCUGGGACCGGGCCAUGUCGCAGGGCUCACUGGCAGGAGUCUGGACCUCCAAUGCCCCCCUCCCCAUCCGUCCCCGCUCACCCGGAGGGAACAGGCUGACCUCGUGGUCCUUUGUCACCCACUGGAUUCCAAAUCCCAGCCCCCAGCCCUGCUUUUUCAGUGGCCUUUUCGGGGCAUCUGAAUUAGUGCAGGACGUGGAGGGGGGGGCUGCAGCAGCGCUGCCCUAUAUGCCCUGGGCAGGGGAGGGGGCCUCACACACAUGGGGUGCACGUGCCCCUGGCAUGGGAGCCACACAGCCCACAACAUGGCCAGAACCCACAGUUACUACAAGGUACAGAACUGUUCAUUCAAUGUGUAUUCCCUGCCCCCGGUCUCUGAGCUCAGCGGUAGCCCCAUUUUACACAGGGGGAGACUGAGGCACAGAGAGGGUGACACGGCUGGCUCAGAUUCACCCAGCCAGAGGGUGGGAGAGCCUGGACUAGAACCCAGGAGUCCUGGCCCCAAUCCCCACCCCUGCUUUGACCCAUUAGCCCCCCCACGCUACGCCCGGAGCUGGGCCUAGAACCGGAGAGUUCUGGCUCCAUGCCCCCCCCCCCCCCCAGCUCUGACUACUCCAGCGGGGGCUUGGCUGCACGAAGGGGAACCCGGCCGGGGGCGGGGGUGCUCCCAGCCAGCGGGAAGAGGGCACGGAACCUGUCAGCUGGUGGGGAGGCGGCGCGGGGCUGGGCACCAGGGUGAGCCCCCACGUCUCAGACACAAAGCAGGGCCGUGUGCUAGGCGGCUCCGAGCUCUGUGUCCCUGGCACCAAGGAAGAACACAGGGGGACGUGGCUGGGGGGCGAGGGGGGGAACACCCCUAUUCCCUUUGUGUCCGGACAAUAACUGACCCAGCCCCAAAGGCCCUGAUGCCCCUGGCAUGGCGCCUUUCCACCAGUCUGGCCUUUGGUUCUCGGUUCCCCAGCCAAGGCCCUCAGGCUCCUGUCUCUGCAUACGCCGGGCCAGCACCACCCCACAGCGCUGAAAGAGCUGGCUAAGGACGGUCUAGGCUGCACUCUGGGGUCACCCCCCAGCCACAGUAGCAUGGUGAGCGGCUACUAAACCCAGCUGCGGGCCCAACGCUGUGGGGCGGGAACCGCCCGGCCUGGCACAUGCCAGGGGCUAGGUUUGGCAAUUGUCCCUGCAUAUCGGACACAGCUGAGCAUGGCACUGCAGUUUGGGCGUGUGGCCCUUGGCCGUCCUGGCCCCAGGGACCCCGGGAGUCCCGCCAGGCAGGUUCUCGCUGGGAAGGAAAGCGAAAGCAGCUGACAUGCCGGCGUGCAGCUGGAGCGCUGGGCGCGAACCCAGCAGAGGUCAAGGUCCUGGGGCUCGGGUGCAGCCUUCCCAUGGGGCAGGGGGCCGGUCACGGGCGUUCCUGAGCCAGCAAGACGCCAGUCUCAGCCCCGCCACAUCCUGGUGCCCCGCCCAGAGCCUCCAGGAGCUAGGCCUGCAAGGCGCUGAGUGAGGGGAUGCGGGGGGAAAGCUUGGCACCCGGCACCACCCAGCAGCGGCUCCGGCCCCCGCCCCGGCCCCAGCCAUGGGCGAGUGGAGCUUCCUGAGCUCGCUGCUGGACGCCGUGCAGGAGCACUCGCCCAUGGUGGGCCGGUUCUGGCUGGUGGUGAUGCUGAUCUUCCGCAUCCUCAUCCUGGCCACGGUGGGCAGCGACGUCUUCGAGGACGAGCAGGAGGAGUUCGCCUGCAACACGCUGCAGCCAGGCUGCAAGCAGGUCUGCUACGACAAGGCCUUCCCCAUCUCCCACUACCGCUUCUGGGUCUUCCACAUCGUGGUGCUGUCGGCCCCUGCCCUGCUCUUCGUCAUGUACGCCAUGCACCAGGGCGGCAAGCUGCAGCAGGGCCAGGAGGGCGGCCCCGCGGGCCCGCCCCGGCUGCAGCCCAGCCAGCGGGCCCACCACAUCCGCACCUUCUACCUGGCCAACGUGGCCAUGCGCAUCCUGGCUGAGACCGGCUUCCUGGUGGGGCAGUGGCUGCUGUACGGGUUCCACGUGGAGCCGCACUUCACCUGCGAGCGCUCGCCCUGCCCCCACACGGUGGACUGCUUCGUGUCCCGGCCCACCGAGAAAACCAUCUUCAUCCUCUUCUACUUCAUGGUGGGCGUGGUCUCCACCCUGCUCAGCCUGCUGGAGCUGGCCCACCUGCUGGUCAAGGACAGGUGCCAGGGGCAGGAGGCCGCCAAGCCCCCGGCCACCUCCCACGAGCAGCAGGAAAACUGGUCCAACCAGGCGCACGAGCAGUGCCAGCACUUCCUGCCCCCGGGCGAGGGGGGCGCCAAGGGGGCGGCCUGCAGCGUCCCCAACCACUACGAGCCCUCGGCCCUGUUCCGGCCCCAAGCCCCCUCCAAGGGCAGCAUGGCCUCCCGGGCCGCGGCCAAGUCCGAUUUGGUGGUCUAGGGCUCACACUACAGCCCAGCUCCCAUCUGUGCCAGUCAUCGGGCCUUCUGCUUAGCAGGGUCGCCGCGGCAACACCAGUGACCUGAGCGGGACGUUCUCAGCCCUGCUGCAGCUUCAGUGGCCCUGAGCAACCUUCCAGCUGUGCCCUAAGGGCCCGGGGCCCACAGUCCGUACCAGCCCCAUACAGCCUGGCAGAGAGCUGCCCCCCUGCCUUGGGCGCACAGAGGACCCUGAGCCUAGGGCACAAAGCCCCUUAUGCCACGAGCAGCAGGAAAGGAGCUGGCCAGACUACGAGGACUGACAGCGUGGCCCAAGGCUUAGAGCAUUGGGCUGGCACAGGGGAGAGCUGGGGGUCUCAUUCCGGCUGGUGUAGGCAACCAGACGAGGGGCAAUGAACUGACCCAGCCCCUCUGCCUGCUGCUCAGCCGGGGGACGGGACGGUUCCUGAAGACAGGAAGCUGGGUGGGGCGGGCAGGGAUGGGGGGCUCUGGGGCCAG